ACAAAAUAUGAGUGAACCUCGCAAGGAUAAUGACAGUGAAACUCGUCAAAAUCGAAGACGAGCUGACGGAGUUGAUAUUCAUGAAAGUAUUGAGACGUUGAUACCAUUUACGAAAAUAAUAAAAGAACAAAUUCAGGAGUUCCGAAAAGAAUUUAAAGAAACAUAUGAACAGUAUUUAAAGUUCAUUAAAAUUCCCCAAAGUCGAAUUCAACAGCAAUCAUCAGUACAGUCUGAAAAUCAAUCCGCGACACCACCAGAGAGCAAAAAUGAAUUCGGGCGAAAAGUUCAAUAUUCGUCAUUUCAUAAAGUUGGGAAAAUAUAUGACACAACAAUAAAAUCAUUGGGCGAUUUUAUGACAACAUUUACAGAAGAUUCCAGAAAUUUAUAUUCAAUAGCUAUCAAGAUAAGUUCAUUAAAACAAGAAUUUAAUAAUCUAGUUACGCGAUAUGAGAACCGUACAGAUGAUUUAGAAGUUAAUCAGUUGUAUCAAAUAAACAAAAAGAUUGACAGUAUUAUUGAACAUCAUAAUAAGUUAGUCAUUACGUACAAUGCAGAAAUCGACCAUUUCAUCGCAUUGCAACAUAAUUUAAGUAACGGUAUACUUGUCUAUGAAUCGACAACAGGAAAGAAUUUCGUAUUGUCAAAAGAUGAUGAUCUAGAAGAGUUUAAACGUUUGGUUGAAACCGAUGAAAUUUCACAAAAACGCAGCCCAAUAUACGCAUCAUUUGCCAGCAGAUUCAAAGACGAUCUACAAAAUUCUGCUGACAAAACUGUAUUGAUGCCUGUUAAGCCGUUGAAGAAAAACAAGUGGAUUCUGCCAUCUCCAGUAGAACAGGAUAAUGAUGCCUCUGAACAAACUCAACGAAAUGCCCAGAAUAGUGAAGACCCUGGACCAGACAAUCAAGAAUACCAACCAUCUCAACAAAAUACCGAAUUCAAUGACGCUACAGAACAUCACACGGAUCCUUCUGUACCUAACAAUGCAAUAAACGCAACAUUUGCCAGCAGAUUCAAAGACGAUCUACAAAAUUCUGCUGACAAAACUGUAUUGAUGCCUGUCAGACCAUUGAAGAAUAACAAUUGGACUCUGCAAUCUGCAGUAGAACAGGAUAAUGAUGCCUCCGAACAAACUCAACAUCAUGCCCAGAAUAGUGAAGACCAUGGACCAGACAAUCAAGAAUACCAACCAUCUCAACAAAAUACCGAAUUCGAUGACCCCACGGAACAUCUCAUGGAUACUUCUGUACCUAACGCUGAACUUAGUAGUGAUGUUCAACAAACUUACCAAGAGCCAAUGGGUACCUCACCUUCAACAUCAAGUACGCCGCCAUCUAAUCAAAUACACCAGUCAUCCCCACAAAGUACCGAAUUCAAUGAAGCUUCUGAAGUUUACUUGGAUCAACAACCUAGCCCGCAUUUCCAGAGUCAUGAUGAACCUAGUCCAUCUGAUCAAGUCCGCCAGCCAUCCCAACAAAGUACCGAAUUCGAUGAAGCCACUGAGAAUUACCGAGAUCAUGUACGUAACGUUCAACAUAUCACUAAUGUUCAACAAACUCAUCACGAGCCAAUCGACUUAUCACUUUCAACGCCAAGCACUCGGUCAAAUUAUGAACCACUGCAACAAAUGUCAAGCUCGAGUCCAAAUAUCGAAAAAGAACAUCAGUAUCCUAGGAUAGAGACACGGGCUAUUAAAGAUAAUGAACAAACUUCACCAGUAUCAAUGGUUUCAAUGCAUCCACCUUUGAAAACCCGCAAUCGAAUUAGGAAGCCUGCUAAACCCUCUGCUUCUAAAUCUCAAGCUGUUCUAAAUCUUAUUCAUAAUCCAGAACUCUCAAUAUCUUUAGUGCAACCAACUCAAGCGCCAGUAUCUCGAUAUAAACGCUAUCGAAAUUUGAGACGCAGUUCAAAACUACCAACGCCAGCCUCGAAAUCAGUGACACAGCCUAUAUCGAGUACUGAAUUUCAUUCGAAAACAGAAGGCGAUGCCGCGAAUCCAUUACCAUCUGAAAAUUUGAAGACUCAACCUGUUGCAAGUGUCGACCAAGAAUCUGCUUAUCCAACGAUUAAGGAUCUUCUAGCCCGAACGGACAUAACAAUCGUACCAGUGAGCAGAAAUUUACCUAACCAAGAUCACGACGCCCCAUCAAGAAGCGGAAAGAUACCGCCCCCGAUUGAUCGCAGCGCUAAGUCACACUCAGAUAUCGAAGCAGCUAAAAGCCCACAGCCGACACCGGUCCGUAAUUUAGAUGUCAAUGAGUCGAAUAUAAAUCCAGAUCCACCCAUUGAUGAGAACAUCAGUCUAGACCAUGAUCAACAAAAAUUACCACAGUCCGAGAAUUCCGAACAGACUGACCCGAAUGAGGAACCCAGCAAUAAAAAAUCGAAGCUGGAAUCUGAAAGUGAACAAUCUUUUGAUGAGCUUUCUAAUCAGUCUAUGGAUAUUGUCCAAUCGUCCCGCGAACCUCUAAUUAUCAAUGAAAAUUCUAAUUUGAAAGUCCAACAAAAUAAUAAUGAGCCAAAUCAAAAAGAAGAAUCUCAAUUAUCAGAGGAAAUUGUUGAUCCAACUGAAGACUCCGAUGAAGAUUUAAUUACAAUACAAGAAUCUACAAAUAUAGAUAAAAGUAAUGACUCGCGAGAAACCGACACUGUCGAGGAAGUGAAUUUACCUAAAAACGUUGAAGUUAUUUUAGGUAAAGAUGUCAUAACAAAAUCUGAAAUUAAUCAUCUCAAGAGAUUCCUUUCGAUUUUCAAGGAAAUACACAGCCGCGAUUCUUAUCAACUGCGUGAGGUUCAAAGUCUUUGUGACGACAAAAUCAUAAUGAAGGGAAUUGAAGGUAGCAAUCGUGAGAGCUUAGAGAUGGAAAUACAGAAACUUGAAAAAAGAGGUUCUGACCUUAAACGGAAGAUAAAAUAUAUUGGAAAAAUAGUGCUUGAUAUAACUGAAAAAAUUAAUAAAUCGGAGGUAAAUGAAGAAUCGAAAUCAGAGCAAGUCAUUGAUCUAACUGAUGACUCCAAUAAAAAUAUAACUACAAUACAAGAAUCUACAAAUAUCAAUGAAAGCAAUGACUCACGAAAAACCGACACUACGGAGGAUUCUUCGGCUCAAAAACUUAGAAAUAUUCUAGGAAAAGAUGAGAUAACAGAAUCUGAUAUCGAGUUCCUUAAGAAAUUACUUCAGAAAAUCGAGCAAUCCCAGAACUACUAUUCUAAUCAACUGGAUGAAGUUCAAAGAAGUUAUGACAAAAUCGCAAUGAAGGAAAAGCAAGGUAGUAAUUAUAAGGAAUUAGAGAUAGAAAUACAAAAACUUGAAGAAAAACGUCAAGAGCUGGAAAGGAAGAAAGCAAUUAAUGAAGGACAAUCGGUUAGAAUUACGGAAAAAAUUAACAAAUCGGAGGUAAAAGGAGAAUCGAAAUUAUCAGAGCAAGUUAUUAAUCUAACUGAUGACUCCGAUGAAGAUAUAACUACAAUACAAGAAUCUACAAAUAUCGAUAAAAGCAAUGACUCACAAAAAACCGACCCUGAGGAGGAUUAUUAUUCGAUUAAAAAAAUUGAGAAUACUUUAGAUAAAGAUGAGUUAACAGAAUCUGAUUUUGAGUUCCUUAUGGAAGUACUUAAGGGAAUCGUGAAAAUCCAGAACCAUUAUUCUAAUGAACUGGAUGAAGUUCAAAGAAGUUAUGACAAAAUCGCAAUGAUGGGAAAUCAAGGUAGUAAUUAUAAGGAUUUAGAGAUAGAAAUACAGGAACUUGAAGGAAAACGUCAAGAAGUAGAAAAACAGAUGAAAAAGAAUGCAAGACUAUCGGUUAGAAUUACGGAAAAGAUUAAUAGAUCAACGAUAAAUGAAGAACCAAAUGAUAAUCAGGGACAAUCAUUUGAAGAAACAUCUGAACAAAAUGUGACAGUCGUGUCACCACCUAAUUUAGUGACCAACCAAAUGGAAUCCGAUUCUGUCACUGAAUCAGAUAGACAAUCUGAUGAACAAACCACUGUAAGCUCAGAUUCUGAACAAAAACAAGAUAUCACUGCGCAGCCUGAAGUCGUGACUAAACCACCAGCGAAAAUGAAAAGAAAAUUGUCAAUCGAUAGCGAAGAAGCAACCACUAAAAUCUCCAAAUCUGACCAGAGUAAAUCAUCUGAUGAUCAACAUGUGUCUGGAAGAUUACAAAUGAAGACUAGAUCAUCGACAAAAGGGGAAAGUAAAUUCUCUAUUGAUAACACUAGCGAAGAAUCGAACAGUGGUUCAAAAAAAUCAGAGACACUAGCAGAAACAACUCGCGAACAGUUAGCAAAAUGGAUGAAAACAGAAAAGGAUAUCAAAUUAUUGGUACAAAAGCUCGCAGCAGAAGCAAAGAAAGGUAAUAUUAAAGUAAAUCCUAAAAAGGAGGUUAAAGAAUUACUUUGGGUUAAUGAAAAUUUCGUCCAAUUUCUUAAAAAACACAUUUAUUUAUUGGCAAUUAAAGACACGAAAAUUAGAACAAUAAAAUCAUUAUGUGAAAAAAUAUUUACUGAUGUAAUGAACCACGAAAUAAAAAUACAAAAAGAUUCAGCUGUCAGACUAAAUUCGUCAUUAACGGUAGAAUUAUAUGAAACAUAUGAUAAUAAUAAAAGAAAGGAAGCUCAACUUAAAUAUUUACAAAAUAAACUAAUAUUGUCCGAAAUUAGUUAUUAUUACUAUAACUAUAUGCGAAAUCAAAUAUAUGAUGAUGUAGUUAAAUUGAAAUUGGGCGCCAGUAAAAUAACAAAUGAUGAAAAAUGGCAAUUAAUCGAAGCUCUUCGAUGUAUGAACAAGAACGCUGCUGCUUUAAAAUUCGUUAAACUUAAGACGGAAAAAGAAAAUAUCAUUAAGAUAAGAAAUAAAAUAAAAACACUUAAGAAAGAAUUAAAAUUAUUAGAAGAUGAACGCAAUUUAAGAUUAAAUAACUUGAGAAAUGAGGUGACAGAUAUUGAUGAUAAUAUAAAUGGUAAAAUUUAUCAAAUUGUAGAGUUAAAAACAGAAUUAAGUAAAAGUUCGAUUACUGUAAAACAAGAUAAGCAAUUAGAAUUAAAGAAGUGUGAAACAGAAUUGAAAAACCUUCAAAGUGCGCACAAAAUAGCACUUAAAAAAUAUAUGUCUUCAGAUGAAUGACAUUUUGUAACUAUUGACUAAUUGAGAAUAUUAUUUUUUUACCGAAAUUAAGUG